AAUUUAACCUGGAAACGGUCUAGAACGUUACCAAACGGCCUGUUUUGCGAGUGUUGGUAGGAUCGGUUUGUUUUGGUAGUGUGAAGUAUUUAUUUAGUACUGAAUUAAAGCAGUGGAUUAUUCGGAAUUUGAAGUUAACGAUGGCGCAGUACAAAGGUGCCGCCAGCGAGGCUGGAAGAGCCAUGCAGCUGAUGAAAAAACGCGAACGAGAGCGAGAACAUUUGGAGCAGCUAAAACUAAAAAUAGCCGAGGACAACAUGGUGAAGUCUAACAUUGAUAAGAAGUUCUCUGCUCAUUAUGAUGCUGUUGAGCAAGAGUUGAAAUCAAGCACAGUGGGUCUUGUGACUCUGAAUGACAUGAAGGCAAAGCAGGAAGCCUUGGUAAAAGAACGGGAGAAGCAGUUGGCCAAGAAGGAGCAGUCUAAGGAGCUUCAGCUAAAAUUGGAGAAGCAGAAGGAGAAAAGGCGAAAGGAGGAAGAAAAAAGAAAAAUUGCCAGUUUAUCAUUUAAUCCAGAUGACGAUGAAGAAAAGAGUGAAGAGGAGGAAGACGACUGCACCCAAAUGAAAAAAAAGAAGCUGGGAAAGAACCCAGAUGUUGACACCAGCUUUCUACCUGAUAGGGAAAGAGAGGAGGAGGAAAAUCGUCUGAGAGAGGAGCUAAGGCAAGAAUGGGAGCAAAAGCAGGAGAAAAUCAAGGGUGAAGAAAUUGAAAUAACAUUCAGUUACUGGGAUGGUUCCGGACACAGGAAAACAGUCAAGAUGAAGAAAGGCAACACUAUUCAGCAGUUUCUCCAGAGAGCCCUUGAGGUUCUUAGAAAAGAUUUUAGCGAGUUGAGGUCUGCUGGAGUAGAGCAGCUGAUGUACAUUAAGGAGGAUUUAAUCAUCCCACAUCACCACAGCUUCUAUGAUUUUAUUGUGACAAAGGCCAGAGGCAAAAGUGGACCACUCUUCAGUUUUGAUGUUCAUGAUGAUAUCCGAUUAGUUAAUGAUGCCACUGUUGAGAAGGAUGAGUCUCAUGCAGGUAAAGUUGUUCUUAGGAGCUGGUAUGAAAAAAACAAACACAUCUUCCCCGCCAGCCGCUGGGAGCCUUACGACCCUGAAAAGAAAUGGGACAAAUACACGAUUCGUUGAUGCGGCUCUUUCCUGUUCCAGUUUGACUUUAUUUUUAAUGUGUUUAUAGCUACAUUUGAUUGUUGCAAACUUUUGUAGACCUUUCAUCUGGGAUCAUAUACAACAUUACUCCUAAUAAAAUGAAUAUAUUCAUUA